AUGGCGGUGCUGAACGUGACGCCCGAUUCGUUCUAUGAUGGUGGAAAAUAUACCCAAGAGAAAAAGGUUAUGGAUAGGGUGGGGCAGAUGCUCAUUCAAGGAGCGGAUAUAAUCGACAUAGGCGGAAUGUCCUCACGUCCCGGGGCGGAGAUUAUCUCCGUUGAAGAAGAAAAAAGGCGAGUUCUGCCGCACAUCCGGAAUAUCCUACAAUCAUUUCCGGAAACCAUUAUUUCCAUUGAUACCGUUCACGGAGAAGUGGCAAGGGCCGCCGUCAAUGAGGGUGCAAGCAUCAUCAAUGAUAUUUCUGCCGGAACAUUGGAUGCAAGUAUGUAUGAUGUGGUAGGGGAACUGAAUGUACCCUAUGUCCUCAUGCACAUGCAAGGUAAGCCCGGAACCAUGCAGGACGCACCGCAAUACAUUGACCCCGUUCAGGAUAUUUUGGAUUUCUUUGCUAAGGAAUUGACGGAAUUAGAAGAAAAGGGGCGAAGCCUUGAACGGAACAACUGCCUGAAUAUGAUAGCCCUACAGAAUGGAGCGGGAAUACUAAGGGUACAUGAUGAAAUCAUCAAUUUAAUUGAUGAAGUGGAGACGACGGAGGAGAAUAGGGAUUAUUUGGAGAGUGAGAAGGGGAGAGCCUUGAAUAAUCUGGGGGAUUAUCAGGAAGCAUUGGAUGUCCUAUUGCCCGUGAACGAAAGGGAAAACGGAACAAACGCAAGAACCAAUUAUCGGAUUGCAUACGCCUAUUGUUAUUUGGGCGAAUACGAAGAAGCACUAGGGUAUGCGGAUAGGGGAAUCGAAUUGGAUCCGGAUUAUGCCAGCGCCUAUCAGGCCCUUUCGUAUUUUAACCAAUACCUGGAAAUAGAUCCGGAGGAUGAGGACUGCGAGGAAGAAAUUCAGAAAUUAAAUGAGUUCAAGGAAUUUCAUUCCGAUUUUUGA